AUGCUGUUAGAUGGCUCAUCUGACUGUGAGUGCCCUAACUGUUCGGAGGAUACGCAGAGCAAAUCUGAUUGGAAUCCCUGUUCCAUUAAGAGUGGCAAUGACUCCUUGUAUUCAAGAUCUAGAAGGAAAUCCAUGCUUUCUUCUCAUAUGCAGAGCUUUCCUUCUCAGUGUUGCUCCACCAGUGCUGAGGGUGAUACGAAAGAAGAAAUCUUCGUGUUUCCACAGUCAGAGGAGGAAAGCUAUACGGAAUCUUCUCAAAGCAACAGUCUCAGGCAGAGCCCCGAGGACAUUAUAAGGAAAACCAGACCCUUGGGGGAGCUGACUAUCCAAGAGUUACUGAGACAGUUUGGAGAUAGCAGGAAGUUCCACCCGAACUCCAUGUCUGUGGGCCACUUUAAAGAUCUGGUGGUUAUGAAGUUCAGAAGAGCUCUGUAUCAUUCUGGAAUUUGGGUGACACACGUCCAGGGCUACAGGAUGGAAAAGCACUUUUCAGCUAAUUAUUUCAAGAGAAACCCGGGUUGCCUACGCCGGCUGGUCCCCUGGCUGAAACGGGAGCUGACAGCUGUUUAUGGAGAUUAUGGCUACACGGUGAAGAAUAUCCUCGCUACCAUUCUCCACCACAUGACAGAACAUGAUCUGGACAGUGAUUCCUUCAUUCACUUCCUGGAACCUUAUCUCCAACAGCACACCCACCAUUUCCUGCAUGAGUUCAUCAGUUUUGUUCAUUCGCCGUACGACAUGGAGACCUACGACCAGCGAGCCAUCUAUCAAUGCCCUGCUUCUUCCCCAUGGGAAAAGAAGUCUGUGCCACCUGCUCCUGCUUUACCUUUGCCUGAGGACCAGGCUCUCCUGGUAUCUCACCAUGAUACAAGGCAGGCUAACAACACCCAGAGUCACUGGAAUAAUGAGGAGAAGGCUCUGUCCGGCUUGAAACAGUUUCCAAACGGUAACUCUUCUUUGAAGAAAUCUGACAUCUCACCAGUUCAUCAUAAACUAGAAAGCAAAAUGCAUGCUUGUAUCAAAGACAAACCAGAAUCAGGCAGUCACAAAGGUACAAUUUCCACUAAGUGGGCUGCACCAAGGGAAAGGGGCCCAGGCUUACUGAAUAGCAAAAAACAUGUUCAAGAGAGGAAGACAGAAGGGAUAAAAGUGCUUCCUGAUCAUGUCCAGGAUCUGGGAAAGAAUGAAACAAUUCCACGCCCCAUCAGCACCCCGGCAAUUUUUAAUCAGGGGCCACCUAGGAAGGGCAGUCUAAAAGAAGGAAGGGUUUUAAGCCCCAACCAGCAGAUCAAUUUUCAGAAAAAAGAAGUAGGAAAAAAAAAACACUCAGAUUCUUUACCAAAGAUCUUUCAAAGAAGAUUGCCCAGAGGAAGAUCCUUGAUCACCUGCAAAUCCAGGAAGAGAGAUCCCUCUUGGAGUUGCAUUUCAGAAGUUGCCCUUUCUCCUAAGAGAGGCGGAGGGAAGCUGCACUCUUUCAGGAAGAGGAAGAUGAAGUGCAGACAGUCUUCCCAGUUUGCAAAAGUUAGUUCAUAUCCCAGCCAAAGAAACAAACAAAGAUCAAAGUCCAACACUCACAGAUCCAAUUCCUGGUUCACUGGACCAAGAAAGAGAUCCACAAGCAGAGAAUCGAGUAGUCCCUCUUUGAAAGGAAGCCUUAGAAGUGAAUGUUUCACUCAGAAUAUGUGCUGUGGGCCCUCACAGGAAAAAAAUGUGCAUGACUACGAAUCAAACCCUCGGAGGGCAUCUUCAAUGACAGUCCAAUAUCCGAGGCUUUCUUCAACUGCUGGAGAGACACCCAAGUGUCCUUCUAAAGGUGAAGGUGCUUCCCAGUCCAGAAACCACUGUAACAGUCCCACAUGUCUACAGAUUGAGAGACAUAUAUUCCCAAAUAAACAGGAGAUGAAUCAAAGAGUCACAUUCCCUAGAGCCAGAAAAUCUAGAGCAGUUGGGAAGAGAAAAAGCAAAUACCAGUGUCCAGAUAAACAAACCACAGAGGAAACCAGUAGUGAGGUGAGGGAUCAGGAUGACAUAAAGCAGAUGAGUAGUCUUUUGAGUGUGUACCUUCCCGCAGGAGGCAAAUACAAAAGAAACAGGAGAAUUUAUGCCCUCAGAAACAUCACCGGGCCAAGAAUGAACACAAAGGAGAUGCAGAAUCAGAAACACAGAGGGGCAAGUCAUUUUGAAAGGCAAAUCAGUCUACCCAACUAG